AAAAAAAAAAAAAAAGUUUACUUUGUGGAUUGGUGGUGGAAGAGGAAGCCUGCUGGCUGAGGAGAAAUCCAGCCUUUGAGGAGGUUAAAACGGAUUUUUUUUAAAACAAAUCUCUUAUCUUUCUAUCUUUAAAAGUUCCCGUGUGUUUUGCUUAAGUUUGGCCAUCCAGAUUCCGAGAUCUGUUCUUCAUAGAACUUUGAGUGGAAACUUGAGUGAUCACUUUUAAAUCGAGAGAAACACGUGUGUGGGUGAGGAACAAACACUUGAGAGUGUGAGUUUUAAUCCUAACGUUUUGUGUUUAAGAAAUUUCAGGAACCAUGAGUAGCCAUGAAGAACAAAACCGUCCCGGAAAUUCAGUUGCUGGACUGUCUAAUCUUCAGAUGCGAGCUUUGAAUGAUUCUUUUUCUAACCUUAUAAACACAGGUCUAGAGCAGAUCCAUCAAAGGCUUGACGAACUUCAGGAAAGCCAGUCCCAUCCUAGAUCAAGGACAAGAACCAAUCAGCCGCGAAGGAAUACCCGGUCAGAUGAUGAGUUUCCUGAUGAGGACGCCCAAGAGGACGAGGUCAGAUCCGCUUACCGACCAAGAAGAGGUCAUAGAACUCGAAAUCCAGGUGAUGUCAAUCCAUUUGCUAGAAACAAUCGUACUGAUGAUAGUUUGAACGGAUUGAAAUUGAAAAUUCCACCUUUUGAUGGUAAAAACGACCCUGAUGCUUUUCUAGAGUGGGAAAGAAAAAUUGAGCAUGUCUUUGAUUGUCAAAACUAUUCUGAACUUAGAAAAGUAAGGCUUGCGGCCACUGAAUUCUCUGGCUAUGCUAUUAACUGGUAUGAUCAAGUGUUGACCCACAGGAGGAGAACAGGUGAUCGGCCGAUUGAGACAUGGGAUGAGCUUACCUUGUUGAUGAGGAAACGAUUUGUGCCAACCCAUUAUCACCGCGACCUUCACCAGAAGCUAAGACGUUUGCUUCAAGGAACCAAAUCUGUGGAAGACUAUUAUCAAGAGAUGGAAGUUUUGAUUACCAAAACGGACACGGAUGAACCUUUGGACGCCACUAUGGCUCGCUUUCUUUCAGGCCUCAACCGUGACAUCCAAGAUCGUAUGGAGCUUCAAGAGUAUGGAAGUGUGGAACAGAUGCUACACAAAGCCAUCUUGAUCGAGCAACAACUCAAGAGAAGGAGUUUCUCAAAACCGGCCACUACUUCUAAGCCGGCCUACUCCCCUAAACCGGCCUAUGCUCCUAAGCUAAGCUAUCAAGACAAAGGUAAGUCGCCUAUCACAACACAUACUUCCUUUAAAACUGAUGUGUCCACUCGUGAUGACAAAGGAAAGGCAGUAGACGCCUCAAGCCGAGCAAGAGACAUUAGAUGUUUCAAAUGUCAAGGGCUAGGACAUUAUGCCAAGAACUGUCCAAACCAGCGUGUGAUGAUUCUCUUGGAGAAUGGUGAAGUUGAGUCCGAAGAUGAACAAGAAGACAAGGAGGAUCUUGGUCCUAUCUUUGACGAGGAAGAGGAGUCCUUUGACUACCCACAUCACGGACCAUUACUUGUGGCUAGGAAGGCUUGGGACGAACCCAUCUUCGAUAAAACGGACGGCCACGCAAAUGGCCCCACGGACAACGACCAUGACCCGACCUUUGAUCCAAAUUCUAAGCCGAUCUUUGAUGAUGAAGAUAGCUUUGACUAUCCAACUCACGGACCACUACUGGUCACUAGACGUUCCUUGAGUAUUCAGCCCAAAACCAAUGAAAAGGAACAAAGGGAGAAUCUCUUUCAUUCUCGUUGUUUAAUCUCUGAAAACGUUUGUUCUUUGAUCAUUGAUGGUGGUAGUUGUACUAAUGUUGCUAGUGAUACUCUUGUCAGGAAAUUAGGUCUAGCUACUCGACCUCUCUCACGUCCUUUCAGGUUGGAAUGGCUCAAUGAAACUGGUGAACAGUAUGUUAAGGAGCAAGUCACGAUCCCUCUCACCAUUGGUCGUUAUGAAGACGAGAUUGUGUGCAACGUUCUUCCCAUGGAUGCUUGUCAUGUUCUGUUGGGACGUCCAUGGCAGUUUGAUAAAAGAACCGUCCGUGAUGGUUACACAAACCGGCACUCCUUUGACCAUAAAGGAAAGAAGAUCACGCUUGUACCACUCUCGCCCUUGGAGGUCCAUCAAGACCAGCUCCAACUCAAAAAGAACCGUGAACAAGAGUCCAAACCGGACAAACCUGAGUCCUCAAUCCGGAACUCCAACUUCUUUAUCAAACAAAGUCAGGUUAAGAAGUCUCUUUACUCCCAAAAGCCCUUUCUUUUACUUGUGUACAAAGAAUCUCUGAUGGCUUCUACUUCUUCUAACCUUGCACCGGAAGUUCCGAGUGAUUUGCUAGACGUCUUGCAGGAAUAUUCAGAUGUCUUUCCAGAUGACAACCCAAAGGGUUUGCCGCCAGUACGAGGGAUUGAACAUCAGAUUGACUUUGUUCCGGGUGCGUCUCUACCUAACCGGCCAGCUUACAGAACCAAUCCGGUGGAGACCAAGGAACUUGAGAAACAAAUUGGAGACCUUAUGGAGAAAGGUUACAUCAGGGAAAGCCUCAGUCCUUGUGCCGUCCCAGUUCUACUUGUCCCCAAAAAGGAUGGAUCAUGGCGCAUGUGUGUGGACUGCCGUGCCAUCAACAACAUUACGGUAAAAUAUAGGCAUCCCAUUCCUAGACUAGACGACAUGCUUGAUGAACUUUACGGUUCAUGUGUCUUUUCCAAGAUAGAUUUGAAAAGUGGCUAUCACCAGAUCCGAAUGAAAGAAGGUGAUGAAUGGAAAACUGCAUUUAAAACCAAGCUAGGAUUGUAUGAAUGGUUGGUCAUGCCAUUUGGUUUUACUAAUGCACCUAGCACUUUCAUGCGAUUGAUGAACCAUAUCUUGAGAGCAUUCAUUGGUCAUUUUGUGGUAGUUUACUUUGAUGAUAUUCUUAUCUACAGCAAGAACAUGGAUGAACAUAAGAAACAUUUGAAAUCUGUCCUUGAAGUUCUUAGAAAGGAACAUUUGUUUGCUAACCUUGGAAAGUGUUCUUUUGGCACAGAUCAUGUGGUCUUCUUAGGUUUUGUUGUAGGUGCUGAAGGACUUAGAGUGGACGAGGAGAAAAUCAAAGCCAUCCGAGACUGGCCAAGUCCAACGAACGUGAGUGAAGUAAGGAGCUUCCACGGCCUUGCUGGGUUCUAUCGACGGUUCGUCCAAGAUUUCAGUACCAUAGCGGCCCCAUUGACCGAAGUCAUUAAAAAGAAUGUUGGGUUCAAAUGGGAACAAGCUCAAGAAGAAGCCUUCCAAAUCCUUAAAGGGAAGUUGACUAAUGCUCCUUUACUUGUUCUUCCUGACUUUUCUAAAACGUUUGAGAUCGAAUGUGAUGCUUCGGGUGUUGGUAUUGGUGCAGUUUUGAUGCAGGAUAGAAAGCCUAUUGCUUACUUCAGUGAGAAGCUUGGAGGCGCCACACUCAACUACCCAACUUAUGAUCAAGAGUUGUAUGCUUUGGUAAGAGCUCUUCAAACAUGGCAACACUAUCUUUGGCCUAAAGAGUUUGUUAUCCACACGGAUCAUCAGUCCCUGAAACACCUUAAGGGUCAACAGAAGCUGAACAAGAGGCAUGCCCGCUGGGUUGAAUUCAUUGAGACAUUUCCUUAUGUCAUCAAAUACAAGCAAGGUAAGGAAAACGUUGUGGCUGAUGCCUUGUCCCGAAGGUAUACUCUUCUUUCAGCCCUCGAAACAAAACUUCUCGGUUUUGAAUUUAUCAAAGACUUCUAUGCUUCUGAUCCGGAUUUUAAAGAAAUUUUCAGCAAGUGUUCCAGAGUGGCUUAUGGCAAGUACUAUCGAAACUCGGGUUUUCUUUUCUAUGAUAACCGUUUGUGUGUGCUCCAAUGUUCUUUGAGGGAGUUGUUUCUCAGGGAAUCUCAUGGAGGAGGUCUUAUGGGACACUUUGGAAUCAAGAAGACAUACAAGGCUGUGUAUGAUCAUUUCUAUUGGCCAAGCUUGAUGAAGGACGUAGAGAGAAUUUGUGGCCGAUGUGUGGUGUGCAAGAAGUCCAAAGCCAAAGCAUCCAAUCACGGUUUGUACUCGGCCUUACCCAUUCCUUCUCAUCCUUAGAUUGAUAUUUCUAUGGAUUUUGUUCUUGGAUUGCCUAGAACUAAGAAUGGCCGAGACUCUAUCUUUGUGGUUGUCGAUAGAUUUUCGAAAAUGGCUCACUUUAGGGAAAUUGUGAGAUUGCAUGGAAUGCCUAAGACCAUUGUUUCUGAUCGUGAUGCUAAGUUUCUUAGUUAUUUUUGGAAAACUUUGUGGUCUAAGUUAGGAACGAGAUUGAUGUUUUCCACAACUUGUCAUCCGCAAACUGAUGGUCAAACCGAAGUUGUUAAUCAAACUUUGUCUGCUUUGCUUAGAUCUUUGGUCAAGAAAAAUCUUAAGUCUUGGGAAGAUUGUUUGCCACAUGUUGAGUUUGCUUAUAAUCAUGCUAUGCAUUCAGCUACAAAGUUCUCUCCUUUUGAAGUUGUUUAUGGUUUUAAUCCCUUAUCUCCACUUGAUCUUUUACCUUUACCUUUGAGUGAAAGAGUUAGUACAGAUGGUAAAAGAAGGGCGGACACCAUCAAAAAGCUUCAUGAACAAGUUCGAGUCAACAUUGAAACCAAAACCGAGGGUUACAAAAGAUAUGCCAACAAGAA